UGUCGAGGGGCAGCCGAUGGAAGACCCGCGUCAGGAAAUACUUGUCCUGUUUCCUGAAAAACUUUACCUAACCUAACCCAAGGAAGAAAGCAGUUUUUUCCCCACUCUUGGAGAUGGCGGUGGGAGCGAAGCGUUUCGUGGUGGUGCUGUUAGUGUUGUGGACGGGGAAGUGCCAGGCCUUCCUGGCCACUCGCCUCAACACCAGUGAUCCAGACAUAGCUAAUAUCCUGUGUCCUAAUGAGGCGGCUGGGGUAACCCGGGACCACGAGUGGAUCACUAGAGAAGCUAUCCGGCAGAACAUCCGGGCCUUCUUCCUAGCCUACCCACCAGGAGGUAGACCAGACUUCUUCCUACCUGAGGAUGCUACUCUCACUCAGCUCUUCCACGCUUACUACGGAGACAUAUCCUCCCCGACCCGUUUUAUCAAAGCUGUCAAUUCCAUUGUUGACGCUAAUAUUCAGGCAGAUUCUUCAUCCCAGUACAGGUAUGACCCGGCUAUCCAAGGUGAUGGGGAACAGCUGGCACAGGUACAGGCUAGGCUCACUACUCGCUAUCCUCAGAUCAUGACAGCUAUCUUGAGUGAAGAAGCUUAUCCUGCCGCUCGCAGCCUGCUCGGCACCACCCUCCACUCUAUCCAAAAGUUCUAUUCCCACUCCACCUGGAUAGAACAGGGACACGAGUCUAUUCUGGAGGAGUUGGGUAUUCCUGGCAAUACUCUAGAUGGAUUAGCUGGGGAAGAAGAUGUAUGUACCACUUGUGAGGCAUCUGUAGGGCUGUCCGGGAACGUCAUUGAAGGAGCUGGGCUGAGCAGUGGGUAUUACACCUACCCUGACGACAUUGCUUCCUCCUACCUCAUUUCCAAGCCAGACACAGGCGGCAAGUGUAGCCACGGCGGCGUGCUGGACACUAGCAGAGUGCUGCCUGCAGUGGGAGGCAUCAACAAGGACACAGCCUACCCGUGUUUCUCACCCCAUUACGACCUACACCUCACCGCUGUCAACCUCGCCCUGCAGGCAACAGACUACUACCUGAAGCAAGUGCUGGAUGUCAUCGGUGUCGACAUGUAUCGUCGACUGUUCGACUUAUACCAGGGUUCUGCUCUCUCUAUCUGCAUCGACACUACAGGUUCAAUGGGAGAUGAUAUCGACGCUGUACAGGAACAAGUGGCUGAGAUCGUGGCCAACUCCAACCCUGAGUUAUACAUCUUGGUACCUUUCAACGACCCAGAUGUGGGUCCUCUUCUGACGACCAGCAACUCUUCAGAGUUUAUGGACGCCGUCAACGCCUUGUAUGCCUCCGGAGGUGGGGACGAACCUGAGAUGUUCUGGAGUGGCCUCCAGCUGGCGCUGACGGGGACUCCGGCCUAUGGUGACAUAUUCUGCUUCACUGACGCCUCCGCCAAGGACGGCCAGCUCAUGGAAGGUCUGAUCUCCUUGGCACAGCAACAAAAUAACAAGGUGACGGUGAUUCUGAGCGACAUAUUCAGAAAGAGGAGCAAUGGUGACGAGGACACGGGCGUGGGUGGCGAGGGUGGGCGGCGAGGCAAGGUGGGCGAUGUUAACACAGGGGUGGCAGAGUACCAGCGACUGGCAGACGAGACGGGAGGCCUCCUCAUCAGUACAGAUAAAUUUGACGUCAAUGACAUCGUUAACAUCAUCGGCAGUGGCAUCGAGACAUCCACGGUGACUCUCCUGAACGUGGUAGAGGCCUUGGGGUCACUAGUGAAGACAGUAGCUGUUGAUGACUCCGUGGUGGACCUGGAGGUGCGCAUCACCGGUGAGAUCAUCACUGCCGUCAUCACUGAUGCUAGCGGUACUGCAUACGACCUAACGGACAAAGAGGCCCUGGACGCGACGGACAAUGUGGAAGUUGUAUCUCACACAAAUACCUUUAAGGCGGUUCGUUUCACGGCUCCUGUCUACGGUGAAUGGAGUAUAUCCACCUCGUACCCCGAUGUCUACGCUGUCACCAUCCUCGCCACCUCUCCAUUAGACUUCCUCGCCGGGUUCUCUAUCCUCGACCCAUCUCCCCCACACCCACACUACAGACAGGCAAACGGACGCCCACUCAUAGACACUGUCUACUACCUGGAUCUGACACUCGUGGGUUACCUAGAAAGUUAUGUCACCGUCUUUGACACUGUCUACUUUAUUGACAAGACAGGAACGGAGGUUCGAGUCAUCCCAUACACAGGAGAGCUGGAAGAGCACACAUACAUCAGGACGGAGCCCUUACCUGAGGACUCCUUCUUUGUGGCCAUAACCGGCGAGGUGCUCUCAGGUCGAAAAUAUCAGCGUGUUCAACCGGUUUUGAUAACGCCGGUUGCAACUAGCGUUGAGGUGCGGGCCACUUCGGAGGACCUGUCGGCCCAGCCCGGGACGACCGCUACAGCCAAGUUCGUGGUCACCAACUACGGUCUCGAUUCCUACUUCACCAUCAGCGGCACUGACGACCUUGGCUUCCUGAUGAAUGUCAGCCCCAGCAGGGUACACUUGCCGACUAACGACUCGUGUGAGGUGACAGCGUCGUUCGCCGUGCCGGUGACAGCCAUCCCCGGCGUGGUCAGCACUGUUAUUAUCACUGCUCAGAGCGAGACACAAACUCACUCGGUCAACAGCGCCGUGGUUCACUUCAUUGUCCUAGCACCGGAAACUGAUUCUGUCCCUCCCAGCUGUCAGUUGCUCAAUCUGCCCGACUGUGUCGGUUAUAGUGAUAACGGCGUGUGUACCCUCAUGAACUGGACCGUGGAAGCUCAAAUGCAGGACCACGAGUCAGGACUGUACCAGGUGAGAGCCACUCCUGAGGGUUCGCUCUUCAAGAUACAUGACCUGACUCCUGGUACCACAGCCAAAGUGCUUGUUGAGUACCAGAACUCCUGCUGCUACACCUACGUCGAGUUUAUCGGGGUCGAUGGGCAAGCCAACACGGGCAAGUGUGUUGUCGAUAUGGGAACUCUGGGCGGUCUGAUCUACAACUUCGAGGUGGUGACGGUCUAUGAUACGAGUAUGGUACUACACUGGAACAUCACACCCUCUCACUACCCUAUUCACCACUACGACCUCCUCAUCAAUGGAAAGUUCAUCCAUCAGUCCACCUGUAAGGAGGAGAGUUGCUAUGACGCGGUGGGCUACCUGGAACCCUGCACGGUACAGGCCUUCAACCUGACGCCUGUGUUUGACUACCUGGGUGAUGAACUGGGUGGUAUCGCUGCUUAUACUCAGAGCAGCACUGUUGAAGACGAGCCGCAGACGCCACAAAACGGACUGGAGGAGGACCGUACAGAGACCAGCAUCACCAUCUCCUGGGAGAUAAGUAAUCCCUCGUGCAGCUUCCUCUUCAAGGUGUGCUACUACGAGGUAAACGCCGAUCCGGAGUCCGAAGUGUGCGCGACCACUACUACAACAACGUACACACUGCCUGACCUCGAGGAGUGUCGCGCUUAUUUCAUCGAAGUGGUCAGUAUCGCCUCAAGCGGCCUCGUCAGUGAUCCCCUACACUUCUACUCCGUCACCGUCUGUCCUGAGGAAUAGCUGCAGUGACUCUGUGGUACAGUAGUUGCAGUGGCGCUGUGGUACAGUAGCUGCAGUGACGCUGUGGUACAGUAGCUGCAGUAACGCUGUGGUACAGUAGCUGCAGUGAUUCUGUGGUACAGUAGCUGCAGUGACUCUGUGGUACAAUAGCUGCAGUGACGCUGUGGUACAGUAGCUGCAGUGACUGUGGUACAGUAGCUGCAGUGACUGUGGUACAGUAGCUGCAGUGACUGUGGAACAGUAGCUGCAGUGACUGUGGUACAGUAGCUGCAGUGACGCUGUGGUACAGUAGCUGCAGUGACGCUGUGGUACAGUAGCUGCAGUGACUCUGGUACAGUAGCUGCAGUGACGCUGUGGUACAGUAUCUGCAGUGACUGUGGUACAGUAUCUGCAGUGACUGUGGUACAGUAGCUGCAGUGACUGUGGUGCAGUAGCUGCAGUGACACUGUCGUACAGUAUCUGCAGUAACGUUGUGAUGCUGUAACAUUAUGUAGGAUAUGAUGUAAUGGUUUGGCUAUGUGGUAUUCACACACACACACACACACACACACACACACACACACACACACACACACACACACACAACACACACACACACACACACACACACAUACACUCACGUGAUUGUCAAUAAAAAAAUUAUAUCAGAAUUGUCAUUAACACACCUGAAAAAAAUAUUUUGACAAAAAAGUUCUGUAAGUGAUGUAUCCACGGGACCAGUGUGAUGUAUCCACGAGACCAGUGUGAUGUAUCCACGAGGCCAGUGUGAUGUAUCUACGAGGCCAGUGUGAUGUAUCUACGAGGCCAGUGUGAUGUAUCUACGAGGCCAGUGUGAUGUAUCUACGAGGCCAGUGUGAUGUAUAUACGAGGCCAGUGUGAUGUAUAUACGAGGCCAGUGUGAUGUAUAUACGAGGCCAGUGUGAUGUAUCCACGAGGGCAGUGUGAUGUAUCUACGAGGCCAGCGUGAUGUAUCUACGAGGCCAGUGUGAUGUAUCCACGAGGCCAGUGUGAUGUAUCCACGAGGCCAGUGUGAUGUAUCCACGAGGGCAGUGUGAUGUAUCUACGAGGCCAGUGUGAUGUAUCCACGAGGCCAGUGUGAUGUAUCCACAAGACCAGUGUGGCGUAUCCACGAGGCCAGUGUGAUGUAUCCACGAAGCCAGUGUGAUGUAUCUACGAGACCAGUGUGAUGUAUCUACGAGGCCAGUGUGAUGUAUCCACGAGGCCAGUGUGAUGUAUCCACGAGGCCAGUGUGAUGUAUCCACGAGGGCAGUGUGAUGUAUCUACGAGGCCAGUGUGAUGUAUCCACGAGGCCAGUGUGAUGUAUCCACAAGACCAGUGUGGCGUAUCCACGAGGCCAGUGUGAUGUAUCCACGAAGCCAGUGUGAUGUAUCUACGAGGCCAGUGUGAUGUAUCUACGAGGCCAGUGUGAUGUAUCCACGAAGGCAGUGUGAUGUAUCUACGAGGCCAGCGUGAUGUAUCUACGAGGCCAGUGUGAUGUAUCCACGAGGCCAGUAUGAUGUAUCCACGAGGCCAGUGUGAUGUAUCCACGAGGGCAGUGUGAUGUAUCUACGAGGCCAGUGUGAUGUAUCCACGAGGCCAGUGUGAUGUAUCCACGAGGGCAGUGAUGUAUCUACGAGGCCAGUGUGAUGUAUCCACGAGGCCAGUGUGAUGUAUCCACGAGGCCAGUGUGAUGUAUCCACGAGACCAGUGUGGCGUAUCCAUGAGGCCAAUGUGAUGUAUCCACGAGGCCAAUGUGAUGUAUCCACGGAGCCAGUGCGGUAUAUCCACGGAGCCAGUGCGGUAUAUCCACGGAGUCAGUGCGGUAUAUCCACGAGGCCAGUGUGAUGUAUCCACGGGGCCAGUGUGAUGUAUCCACGGGGCCAGUGUGAUGUAUCCACGGGGCCAGUGUGAUGUAUCCACGGGGCCAGUGUGAUGUAUCCACGGGGCCAGUGUGAUGUAUCCACGGGGCCAUGUCGGUAUAUCCACGAGGCCAGUGUGAUGUAUCCACGGGCCAGUGUGAUGUAUCCACGAGACCAGUGUGGCGUAUCCAUGAGGCCAAUGUGAUGUAUCCACGAGGCCAAUGUGAUGUAUCCACGAGGCCAGUGCGGUAUAUCCACGAGGCCAGUGUGAUGUAUUUACCAGCACUUGUAAUAUAUCAAACAUUUCUGAAUAUCAUACAGCCAGGAGGCUGAAUAGAGAAUACAGAAAUAAAAAUUUAUAAUUUUGUAUUUUUUUGUAUGGAAAAUAUUUGUGCAAAUACUUUAGGCUUUAUUGAAUCCGAGGUAAAAAUCCGCUAAUCCGAUAGCCUAGCAUAUUCUAAUUACUGUGUUUUAAAGUACACGAGGUGCUUGUAAAAUUGUAAAAAUAGA